AGUGUACAAGGGAACAAUUUUAAAAAGAAAGAUUGUAAGCAGGCGAGGCUGUAGGAUAGUGCGAGUCACUGUUCUUAAUGCCAGUUUUUAGUUACAGUAUUUCCGCUAUUUAUUGGCGAAAUACAGUAACAGAUAAGUGAAAUAUAUUAACAAGCUAUUUUCAUUGACUGACCGUGCUUUGGCAUGAUAGCAGACGACGCUAACAAGGGUAGAUAAAGAAUAGACAGUCUUUUCAUAUAUCCAAGUAAUCGCAGUCAAAACUUCAUUUCUUUCUUUUUUUUUACUCUUUAAGAUCACGUUGUUAAUUGUUAUCAUUGUCACUGUUGUACAAUUAUAAAAUUCGAUCAACAGAGCUAUGAUAAUACACACUUAAAACGGGAUAUCUGAGCGAAUUCAUUGGGAGUUCCAUCGACAGUCUAUUAUCUUAACUCAUAACUUUUAAAUACCCACGCCACAUGUUAUGACAUGUUGUUGUUGUAAUCAGCUGAUACCUGCCAGUCCAUUUCUGAAGUUUGUAGCACAUGAUUCAUGAAAACAUCAACGAUUUCGAUCUGAAGGUAGAAAGUUAACCUCUAGCAAAAAAUGUCGAGCAAGGCAGUAUCACAACAGCUAAUCACUGAUCAAUUCAGUCAGCAAAAAUCAGGACGCAUUCUUGAGAAGUCAAAGGGGAAAAGCAAGCAAAAUGUAGCUGUUCGAAGCCCCGCAGCAAGCCCGAGGAAAUCAGAGAGAACCAUCGAAGUUGAGAGUGCUGAAGAUCUUAUCAGAAAGACAAAUCUAAACACACUCCGGGAAUUUGAUCUGGAUUGGAGAUAUGGACCUUGUACGGGAAUCACUCGUUUGGAGAGAUGGGAAAGAGCCGAGAGCCAUGGUCAUAAUCCUUCACCUAAUAUCAAAGAUCUCAUUUUAGAAUAUGAAGAUGAUGAGGAGUUUGUCCAAAACAUCUGGUCUGGAUACCCUCUAUGAAUUGCCGUCACCUACCCAGAUACUAUAACUGGCUGACAUGCAUGUAAAUUAUGUGACUGUGCCAAGGAUUGCAAAAAACUCUUUGUGUCGCCAUGUACAUGUACAUUCCAACAAAGAUCAAAUGAACUCCAAUCUGAGCGCAACGUUAGGACUCAUCUUACUAACAGAUCAUUCUCAGAUUCAGAUAUGCAUAUGUUCUCUCUUUCUCACUUUCUGUCUCUCUUUCUUAAGUAAAAUUUGCCAUUACAUGUAAUGCAGAUUUUGACAUUUUGCCCAGAAUCAUGUUACAUGGGAUGGAACUUGAGAACUAAUUCCAGUUAUAAAUCUGAAGUUUUAAUGGCAUUGGAGAUGUUAUUGUUCAUUUGAAUUCAAAUAACUCUUGGAAGAGUGGCAAAAUGUGAAAAUUAAAACUAGUGAUAUCAUAAGUUUGAAAUAAAUUUGGAUACAUAUUAAAAUUUGUCGGGGGGUCUGUUUAAGCUGCAGUUGUUGGGAUCUUCAAAUGGGCAAAUCUGAUAAGAUGUAUAUAUACUAACAUUGUCUUACAAAUUACUUUCUGAUUUUUUUCUAAGGAAUUACUUUUUGAAUAUUGAAGAAAAGUAAGACCUAAUCAUGAUUUUUUAGUAAUAAUCUCAAUAGACAUCAAUUACUAUACUUGAAUCAUAAACAUUUAAGAAAUUGGUGCUAUUUUGGCCUGUUUUCAACAUAGAUGAGGUGGUCACUAUCAUUAAACCGAUUCACCUAGUUGUGCAUCACUUAAACUGGUAUUUUACAUAUUUUCCUGGAUUAAUCUUUCAGUUUACUCUCUUAUUUGAUUUUGAUAAAUAUAUGUUUUUAACAUUUCGUUUUACAUUGCCAUAUGAAUGUUGGAUGGUCUUUUAAUUGAACAUGUACAAGUGUGAUAUAUAUAUUUGUACCUAUGUAUUUGCAUUCAGAGAACAUUUUUUUAAGUCAUGUUACACAUUGCCUUUUUCAUUUGCAUGAUUUUAUUGUUGUAUUAUGAAAGUUGAUAUUCAUAGAAAGAUAUUUAAAGAAAUGUGUACAUGAAUGUUGUACAUGUAGCAUUGCGGUUUUUAAUGUUUUGAGUAAUGUGAGCGGAUCAUUGCCAACUGUUGGCAGUUGUGUAUUGAAUAACAAGCCACUUGUAAUUCUAAGCUUUUCCUGAAAUACUAGCAGUUUUUCUUGCUUAUCAUAUUACUCGGUGUUUAUUGGUGGUUUAAAACGAAUUUGAUUGGUUGAAUACUGUUAUGCAGCUACAGCUUACAUCAUCCAGUUUUGUUAACUGGUAAUUCUUAUCUUUCAAGCUUAUGUUCAAGUAUGAAAACCAGAAUAUUACCAGUGCAUUAUAGUUGUCAUAGUAUUUAAGUGGAUUAAGCAGGUAAGGGGGGUGCUGUGUACUUGAUAUAAGUUUAUCUCUGGAAGUUUCUUUAUGGAAUUACAAAUUCUCUAAACCUAGGACAUUUUCAUGUUUGCAAUGAAAUGAUAAACUAAAUGUUGCCCUUUCACGUAAUAUCCCUACUUGUACUGCACAAUAUUUCGCUUUUCAAAUGUGGUAUAAACUUAUUGUGAAAUACUUUGUUUUAUUUUCACAACUUUGAAAUGGUAAGGAAAUUUCUGACAGCAUACAUGUAUUCUGUAACUGUUCAAGAGACAAGCAAUACUGCUAUACUUCUAUCUACAAUGCGUAUGAUGAAAUACAAGCUAUGGUUUGGAAGCAUGCAUGUAUUCUGUCAAAGAGGUGAGCAAUCAUGGAUAAAAAAAAUAUAAAUUCUAUAAAAUUGUGUGUAAUAUUUAAAGAAUAAAGUUGGGGUUUUUAGAUGUUUAAGUUGGAGAACCCUAUUUUUACUUCACUGUUGUUCUGCUUUAAAUAGGAUUAACGUAGAUAACUAAGCUAGCUAUUGUAUUCUUAAUUAUAAGUAUUUUGUCUUGGAAUUUUUAGUAAUUAGUCUCUUAACUACCGAGUACUGAAGCAAUGAUGUCAGUUGCCAUGGUGUAACGUACAGCACUCUUCGGUACUCUAUUGCUUGUAAAUAACAUCUUUUAGAAAAUUAAAUUAUGUAUAUAUGUCUUAUCAUAACAUGCAUUCUUGGGGAUGGGACAUAUUUUGGUUAUAUUUAUGAAACUGCACCGCAGAGUUGCAAUUCCUGACCUUUUAUAUGAAAUGUAUGUGUACUCUGUUAUUAAUGAAGAGUAUGUAAUAAACAUGAUACAUAUUUUUGUUUGUAUGUAUUCUUAAUAUGUAAGAAAAGAUUUAAUAAAUGCAUUUAAAAAAAUAUAGAA